AGAUGAGGUGGGUGGGUCCGGAGGGGCGGGCCCAGGCUCGGGCCCCAGCGGCCAUGUUGAGGCCCCGCCUUCCGACUCCAACUUCGAUUCCAGCAGCUGUCGCUGGAGGAUCAUUUACUUUUUGGUACAGAAAAAGAGCAAUUAGCAAUUGGACAGGAAAAGAAUGGCAUUGAAACAGAUUUCCAGCAACAAAUGCUUUGGGGGAUUGCAGAAAGUUUUUGAACAUGACAGUGUUGAACUGAACUGCAAAAUGAAAUUUGCUAUCUACUUGCCACCAAAGGCAGAAACUGGAAAAUGCCCUGCUCUGUAUUGGCUGUCUGGUUUAACUUGCACAGAACAGAAUUUUAUAUCAAAAUCUGGUUAUCAUCAGGCUGCCUCAGAACAUGGCCUUGUUGUCAUUGCUCCAGAUACCAGUCCUCGUGGCUGCAAUAUUAAAGGAGAAGAUGAGAGCUGGGACUUUGGCACUGGUGCUGGGUUUUACGUGGAUGCCACUGAACAUCCUUGGAAAACUAACUACAGAAUGUAUUCUUAUGUAACGGAGGAGCUUCCUCAACUCAUAAAUGCCAAUUUUCCAGUGGACCCCCAAAGGAUGUCUAUUUUUGGCCACUCCAUGGGAGGCCAUGGAGCUCUGAUUUGUGCUUUAAAGAAUCCUGGAAAAUACAAAUCUGUGUCAGCAUUUGCUCCAAUUUGCAAUCCAGUGCUUUGUCCUUGGGGCAAAAAAGCCUUCAGUGGAUAUUUGGGAACAGAUCAAAGUAAGUGGAAGGCUUAUGAUGCUACUCAUCUUGUGAAGUCCUUUCCAGGUUCUCAGCUUGACAUACUAAUUGAUCAAGGAAAAGACGACCAGUUCCUUUCAGAUGGACAGUUACUGCCUGAUAACUUCAUCGCUGCCUGUGCGGAAAAGAAAACCCCUGUUGUCUUUAGAUUACAAGAGGGUUAUGACCAUAGCUACUACUUCAUCGCUACCUUUAUUACUGAUCACAUCAGACAUCAUGCAAAAUAUCUGAAUGCUUAAACUUCAGAUACGAGAAUCUCUUCAGGAUUAUAAAAAUUAUAAUAAUUGCAGGGAAAAAGAUUUCAAAUCAAAACAUUGUAUUUCAUAGUGCUAAAAAUGCUUCAUUUUAUAGUUGAAUCACCUUCUGAAUAAAUAUAUGAAACCUUC